CGCUCCCCGCUCCCGCCCGGGCUCAGUCGUCCUCGGCUCGCCAUGGCCCGGAGCCUCCGCGGCCUCCCGCGGCGCGGCCUCUGGCUGCUGCUGGUGCACCCCCUCUUCCUGGCCACGGCCUGCCGGGACGCCGACUACGACCGUCUCCUCCAGGAGGUCUGCCUCACCCGCUUCCAGGCGGACAUGGAGGCCAUCGGGAAGGCGCUGUGGUGCGACUGGGACAAGACCAUCAAGAGCUACCGCGCCCUCACGGACUGCACCGGGCACCUGGCGGGCCAGCUGGACUGCUUCUGGCCAAACGCGGCCGUGGACAAGUUCUUCGUGGCCGUCCACCGGCGCUACUUCAGAACCUGCCCCGUCGCAGGCAGGGCUGUGCGGGACCCGCCCCGGAGCGUCCUCUGCCCCUUCAUCGUCCUGCCCAUCCUGGCCACCCUGCUGGUGACGGCGCUGGUGGUCUGGAGGAGCAAGCGCCCGGAGGGCAUCGUGUAGGCCUGCGGCCUGGGGGGGAGGGGCGGGGGGCCCCAACGGCAGAGCAGGCCCCAAAUCCCUUUCUGUGUCCCCCAAGAAGAGCUAACAGGAUUUCAGAGUGGUCAUGGUGCAGGCGCUAACCUGAAGCCGCCCUGUAUGGAGGUCAAAGUGACCCGGGGUGGGGGAUAGGGGAAGUCUAGAUGCUAGGAGGGAGCCCAGCGUAUUUGUCGUUAUUUCCAGGGAGGGUUCCGAGCUCUGUCUCCUAAUGUUCCAACCUCGGCCAGACUGUGGAUACGUAACUUGUGAUUAAAAGGACGCUCUCAAGGGGGCACAUGGGUGGCUCUGUCGGUUAAGCGUCUGACUUCCUCUGUGUUGGUGGGUUCAAGUCCCGCGUCGGGCUCU